CCAUCAGAACCAUCUUUGGGACAUCAGCGUUCACAGGUUUGGCCCCUUCUGGAGCUCGCCAUGAAGAAUUUGGUUUGGCUGCUCUUCCUGCCGGGUUUCCUUUGCAAUCCAAACCCACUGAAGAUAAACCCUGAUUCCCUGGUUGCCUGGAAAGGAUCUUGUGUAGUGAUUCCCUGCCAGAUCAAUCGAUAUGAUGGUGCUCUUCUCAGAGACAUCUCCCUGCGUUGGUAUUUUCAGCCUUUUAAUGAUACAAAACAGUCUGACUACUCUGGCCACUUACUAUGCAACAGCUCUUCAACAUCAAGGAAAUGCAGUACCCCAUCGCCGUCUGCUUUUGCAGGUCGGUUGGCGUUUGUAGGGAAUGUCCAGAAUAAUUUAGAGAAGAAAACCUGCAGUUUGAAGAUCUCUCAAGCCCGGACAGAGGACAGUGGCAUCUAUGGGGCAAGGCUUUCUGCUUCAUAUCUUUGGUCAGUUCAGCGAUUUAAGUGGUUUCUCAAUGCUACAGUUAAUGUCACCGAGUCACCUCCAGAUCCUAAGAUGGACAUCAACCCUAAAAAUAUCCGAGAAGGGUGGACAAGAGUGACCUGCUCUGUACCAUACCACUGUCCCGAGGAACCGCUAGGACUGACUAUCAGUGGCUUAGGAGGGACUCGUUUGACUUCCACAAGAACGACUAUCAAUAAUGGAAUGAUCCAAACAGUCGUGAUUUUGCAAAUGACCUGGGAGGACCAUGGGAAGUCUCUCGUCUGCUCCCUGAAAAGACAGAAUGGGUCAGAAAUAUCCAAGAGCACCAUGCAACUGGAUGUGAAAUAUGCUCCUAAAGAUCUUCAGGUGAUAGCUUCGCCUGGAACAAUCCUUCGAGCAGGAGAGACACUUUCUCUGGAGUGUAUGAUCAACAGCAGCAACCCAGAGGUUUCUGAGUACCUUUGGUAUAAGGAUGAUCAACUGAUGGAUGAAUGGAUGAAUGACAAAAAAAUGGAAUUUAAAACCGAAGGAGACUGGCAUUCUGGUGCUUAUAGAUGUGAGGCAAAAAACAGCAUUGGGUCCCCGAAGUCAAGUGAACUCAGCAUAAAUGUUCAGUCUCACUUGCACUACCCAUCAGAUCCUGCUGCCUCUGGACUUGAACCCACAACAGAGAAUGAAGGACCUCAGUCUUCUCCACUGCUUCCCUCCACUCCUGAAGGUGUAUCCUCCCUCUUGCCUUCAACAUCCUAUCCCCUUUCCCUGUCUGAACUGCCCCCAUCAGGGGUCCCCGUCCCUCCUCUCCCAUCUUCUCAGGAACCCUGUGAUGGCAGAACCCUGAUGGAGGAAUUCAGUUUCCUCAGUGAAUCGCUGGACCAGAUUGUAAAGGCCCAAAACCAGUUUAUCCAUAGUUCCCAAGUGUUAACAUCUGCGGUGGUCCAGCUCACUCAAAAGCUUCAGGAAGCGUUGCUUCAAAAAAGGCAGGAGACUCGCGUGGUUCCCAGCAAGAUAAAGAAGCAAACGACGAGCAAUAAUGGAGUGAUCCAAACAGUCGUGAAUUUGCAAAUGAGCUGGGAGGACCAUGGGAAGUCUCUCAUCUGCUCCCUGAAAAAACGGAAUUGGUCGGAAAUAUCCAAAAGCACCAUGCAGCUGGAUGUGAAAUAUGCUCCUAAAGAUGUUCGGGUGAUAGCUUCUCCUGGAACGAUCAUGCGAGAGGGAGAGACACUUUCUCUGGAGUGUAGGACCAAGAGCAGCAACCCAGAGGUUUCUGAGUACCUUUGGUAUAAGGAUGAUCAACUGAUGGAUGACCAGCCAAAGCUCAAAAGAAUUGAAUUUGAAACCGAAGGAGACAAGCAUUCCGGUGCUUAUAGAUGUGAGGCUAAGAACAGUGUUGGGUCCCUGAAGUCAGAAGAACUCCGCAUAGAUGUCCAGUGUGAGUUGAUUCAUUGA